CCGCUCUCCCUAAAUACUCUUGACAGCUGACCACCAUCUCCUACUACAUCAUCAUGUUGGCAUCUCGUGCAAUUGCCUCCUCUUCGCGCAUGGCCCUUAGGGUGAGUACACAGUUCGCAAGCAUAGCAUACACUAGUGCAACUCAAGCCGAUUGACAGUCUGGCAACCCUCCACCGCGUAAAGGGGGUUGGUGAACAUCACUUUUCCCCACAGUCUUUCUUACUAACAUCCAUCACUCUCUCCCUUUUAUGAAAUAGGUCAGUGCUCCUUCUGCCCGUCUAACUGUAGCAACCAAAGUCACACCUGUCGCUCGCCGUACAUUCGCAACUACUUCAAUCAUGUCUAACAAAUUCCGUACCGAAAAGGACACCUUUGGUCCUUUGGAAGUGCCUGCUGAUCGAUACUGGGGUGCUCAAACUCAAAGAUCACUACAAAACUUUGACAUCGGUGGAGAACAAGAACGUAUGCCAUUGCCAUUGAUCCAAGCAUUCGGUGUAUUGAAAAAAGCUGCCGCUCAUGUCAAUCAAAAGUAUGGUUUGGACCCUAAAGUUGCCAAUGCAAUCUCUCAAGCUGCUGAUGAAGUUAUCUCGGGUAAAUUGGCAAGUCAUUUCCCUCUUGUCGUUUUCCAAACCGGUUCAGGAACACAAACAAACAUGAACGUGAACGAGGUGAUUAGCAACCGUGCAAUCGAAAUCUUGGGAGGUGAAUUGGGAUCCAAAACUCCAGUCCACCCAAACGACCACGUCAACAUGAGUCAAAGCAGUAACGAUACUUUCCCUACCGCUAUGCACGUUGCUUCUGUUUUGCAAAUCACACAAAAGCUCAUUCCCGCAUUGAAAGAAUUACGGGAAGCUUUGGACAAGAAGCGUGCCGAAUUUGACGAUAUUAUCAAAAUCGGUCGUACUCACUUGCAAGACGCAACACCAUUAACAUUGGGACAAGAAUUCUCUGGAUACGUUCAACAAUUGGACAACAGCAUCGCACGUGCUGAAGGUGUCUUGCCUCGCUUGAGUAUGUUGGCUCAAGGUGGUACAGCUGUUGGAACCGGAUUAAACACAUACAAAGGAUUCGACACCGCCGUCGCAGCAGAGAUCUCCAAGAUUACAGGAGACAAAUUCGAAACUGCACCAAACAAGUUUGAAGCGUUGGCAACCCAUGAUGCCAUGGUCGAAGCCAGUGGUGCGAUGAACACCAUUGCAGUGAGCUUCAUGAAGAUCGCCAACGAUAUCCGUUACCUUGGUUCAGGACCUCGUUGUGGUUUGGGAGAAUUAUCUUUGCCAGAGAAUGAGCCUGGAUCAUCGAUCAUGCCUGGUAAGGUGAACCCUACCCAAUGUGAAGCCUUGACAAUGGUUGCUGCACAAGUGAUGGGAAACAACACCACGAUCAGCAUUGCAGGAAGCAAUGGUCAGUUUGAAUUGAACGUGUUCAAGCCUGUGUUGGCAAAGAACUUGUUACAAUCAAUCCGUCUUUUGGCUGAUGGAGCACGCAGUUUCACAAAGAACUGUGUUGUUGGAAUUGAAGCAAACCGUAAGACGAUCCACCGUUUGUUGAACGAGAGUUUGAUGUUGGCUACCAUCUUGAACAGUCAUUUGGGUUAUGACAAGGUUGCACAAUGUGCAAAGAAGGCACACAAAGAAGGAACUACAUUGAAGGAAGCAACAGUCUCCCUUGGUUAUUUGACACCUGAAGAAUUUGAUGAUAAGGUCAGACCUGAAUUAAUGUUGGGACCAAACGAUCCUCCAAAGUAGAUAGUUUCCAAAACAUGCUCAGAUGGCAUGUACAAAAUUACUGCUUUAUUUAAUAGAUAUGU